AUGCUUGCUAUCUUGGUGAGUUUAUUCACAAGUGCUCUUGCCGGUCCUGAAUUUUUACAGGCUGGAGUUUCAGCAACAUACAAUAUUUUCACUAUAGAGUGGAAGCCAACAAUGUGCAUGACAACUAAAUGCCAAUCUGGCUACUAUGGACUCAAUUUCAAUAUCCAUGGCCUCUGGCCUAGUGUCGCUUCAGGUACCCAGCCUCAAUACUGUACAUCUUCUUAUUCAUUUAGCGUAAACUCAACAACUCAAGCUGCAAUACAGCAAUGCUGGCUUUCAGACAGCGAAACCCCUCUUAGCUUUUGGGAGCAUGAAUGGGAAAAGCAUGGAGUUUGCAUGAACCCAGCAGUCCCAUCCAAUACCUAUUUUGCUGAUGCUGCCCAGCUUUUUAACCAAUUGGGAGUACUGAAUUUAUUAGCAGCUAAAGGAAUUAAGCCUAGCAACUCGCAAACUGUGAGCAAGAACACUUUUUAUGGGGCAUUUUCAAAUGCUAUUAAUAUUCAGUGCUUUGAAUCAAGUGGAAAAUAUUACAUUGAGAAUGUACUGCUUUGCUAUGAUAAUAGUCUCAAGCAGAUUGACUGCACCAAAGCAUCAACUAACUGUGGGGACUCAUUUUAUUUCCCAUCCUCAACGUCGGCGCAUGAGCAAUUAUAA